AUGGCGGUGGCUGUGGCCAUGGUGGGAGCCGUCAACGGGACGGAGCUGGGCCCCGCGGAAGAACUCGCCAAACUCGAGUAUCUGUCGUUAGUGUCGAAGGUGUGCACCGAGUUGGACAAUCACUUGGGGAUCAACGACAAGGAUCUGGCUGAAUUUGUGAUCAGUCUUGCUGAGAAAAAUACCACCUUUGAUACUUUUAAGACUUCUCUGGUCAAAAAUGGCGCAGAAUUCACGGAUUCUCUUAUUAGUAACUUGCUGCGUCUCAUACAAACCAUGCGGCCUCCAGCAAAGCCUUCUACUAGCAAAGAUCCAGUUGUUAAACCCAAAACUGAGAAAGAAAAGCUGAAAGAACUCUUUCCAGUCCUUUGUCAACCAGACAACCCUUCUGUUCGGACCAUGCUGGAUGAGGAUGAUGUGAAAGUCGCUGUGGAUGUCCUGAAAGAACUGGAGGCUUUAAUGCCCAGCGCAGCGGGCCAGGCGAAGCAAAGAAAUGCCGAGCACCGGGACAAGACAAAGAAGAAGAAGCGGAGCCGGAGCCGAGAGCGAGACCGAGACCGAGACCGGGAGCGUGACCGGGACCGGGACCGAGAUCGCGAUAGAGAACGAGACCGCGAUCGAGACCACAAGCGGAGACACCGGUCCCGCUCUCGGGAGAGGAAUAAAGGGAAGUCUAGAUACCGGUCCAGGAGCAGAAGUCAGAGUCCCCCCAAAGAGCGGAAGGACCGAGACAAGUACGGGGAGAGGAACCUGGACAGAUGGCGGGAUAAGCACGUGGACCGCCCUCCCCCGGAAGAGCCCGCUAUCGGGGACAUUUACAAUGGCAAAGUUACCAGCAUCAUGCAGUUUGGAUGCUUUGUGCAGCUAGAGGGACUAAGGAAGCGGUGGGAAGGCCUGGUGCACAUCUCCGAGCUCCGGCGGGAAGGCCGAGUCGCUAAUGUGGCUGAUGUGGUGAGCAAAGGCCAGAGAGUCAAGGUCAAAGUCUUGUCCUUCACUGGGACCAAGACCAGUUUGAGCAUGAAGGAUGUGGAUCAAGAGACUGGGGAAGAUCUAAACCCAAAUCGACGACGAAAUCUUGUAGGGGAGACCAGUGAGGAGACUUCUAUGAGGAAUCCGGACAGACCCACCCACCUCUCCCUCGUCAGUGCCCCUGAAGUAGAGGAUGACUCGCUGGAGCGCAAGCGCCUCACCCGCAUCUCUGACCCAGAGAAGUGGGAGAUCAAACAGAUGAUUGCUGCUAAUGUUCUUUCCAAAGAAGAGUUUCCAGACUUUGAUGAAGAGACUGGCAUUCUUCCUAAAGUGGAUGAUGAAGAAGAUGAGGACCUCGAGAUCGAACUGGUUGAAGAAGAGCCUCCCUUCCUGAGAGGGCACACCAAGCAAAGCAUGGACAUGAGUCCCAUUAAAAUUGUUAAGAACCCCGAUGGCUCGCUCUCUCAAGCAGCCAUGAUGCAGAGUGCCCUGGCCAAAGAAAGGCGGGAACUCAAGCAAGCCCAGCGGGAAGCCGAGAUGGACUCUAUUCCCAUGGGACUCAACAAACACUGGGUGGAUCCUUUGCCUGAUGCGGAAGGCAGGCAGAUUGCUGCCAACAUGAGGGGUAUUGGGAUGAUGCCCAAUGACAUCCCUGAGUGGAAGAAGCAUGCCUUUGGGGGCAACAAAGCUUCUUAUGGAAAAAAGACCCAGAUGUCAAUCCUUGAGCAGAGAGAGAGCCUGCCCAUCUACAAGCUGAAGGAGCAGCUGGUCCAGGCUGUCCAUGACAAUCAGAUCCUGAUUGUUAUCGGAGAGACGGGAUCUGGGAAGACAACGCAGAUCACCCAGUAUCUGGCGGAGGCGGGCUACACUUCCAGGGGCAAGAUUGGAUGUACCCAGCCCAGAAGAGUGGCAGCCAUGUCAGUGGCCAAAAGAGUGUCAGAGGAGUUUGGUUGUUGCUUAGGCCAAGAGGUGGGCUAUACCAUUCGAUUUGAGGACUGUACCAGCCCUGAAACAGUCAUCAAGUACAUGACAGACGGGAUGUUGCUCCGAGAGUGCCUGAUUGACCCUGACCUCACACAGUAUGCGAUCAUCAUGUUGGAUGAGGCGCACGAGAGAACAAUACACACUGACGUGCUCUUUGGAUUGUUGAAGAAGACAGUUCAGAAGCGGCAGGACAUGAAGCUGAUUGUCACCUCAGCUACGUUGGAUGCAGUGAAGUUUUCUCAGUACUUCUAUGAAGCUCCCAUCUUCACCAUCCCUGGUCGAACAUAUCCAGUGGAAAUACUGUACACAAAGGAACCCGAGACAGAUUAUCUGGAUGCCAGCUUGAUCACCGUCAUGCAGAUCCAUUUAACAGAACCACCAGGUGACAUCUUAGUCUUUCUGACGGGUCAGGAGGAGAUCGACACUGCCUGUGAGAUCCUGUAUGAAAGAAUGAAAUCCCUGGGGCCUGAUGUUCCAGAGUUGAUUAUCCUCCCAGUGUACUCUGCUCUUCCCAGUGAGAUGCAGACCCGAAUCUUUGACCCAGCGCCACCUGGCAGCAGAAAGGUCGUGAUUGCCACCAACAUCGCAGAGACUUCGCUGACCAUCGACGGCAUCUACUAUGUGGUGGACCCUGGAUUUGUGAAGCAGAAAGUUUACAAUUCCAAGACGGGGAUCGACCAGCUUGUGGUGACUCCUAUUUCUCAGGCCCAGGCGAAGCAACGAGCUGGCAGAGCUGGAAGAACAGGCCCGGGGAAGUGUUACAGGCUGUACACAGAACGAGCCUACCGGGAUGAAAUGCUGACCACCAACGUGCCGGAAAUCCAGAGAACCAACUUAGCCAGCACAGUGCUCUCGCUCAAGGCCAUGGGCAUCAAUGACCUUCUGUCCUUUGACUUCAUGGAUGCUCCACCAAUGGAAACCUUGAUCACAGCCAUGGAGCAGCUGUACACCCUGGGGGCCCUGGAUGACGAGGGCCUGCUUACUCGCCUGGGCCGCAGGAUGGCAGAAUUCCCUCUGGAACCAAUGCUGUGCAAAAUGCUGAUCAUGUCUGUGCAUCUGGGCUGCAGUGAGGAAAUGCUGACCAUUGUGUCCAUGCUGUCCGUGCAGAACGUUUUUUACAGGCCCAAGGAUAAACAAGCCCUCGCCGAUCAGAAGAAGGCCAAAUUCCACCAAACCGAAGGAGACCACCUCACCCUGUUGGCCGUGUACAAUUCUUGGAAGAACAACAAGUUUUCCAACCCUUGGUGCUAUGAGAACUUUAUCCAAGCUCGUUCUCUGCGCCGGGCCCAGGACAUUCGCAAGCAGAUGUUAGGCAUAAUGGACAGGCACAAGCUGGAUGUGGUUUCCUGCGGUAAGUCCACAGUCCGAGUGCAAAAGGCCAUCUGCAGUGGAUUCUUCCGAAAUGCUGCCAAGAAGGACCCGCAGGAGGGUUACCGGACACUGAUCGACCAGCAGGUGGUGUACAUCCACCCUUCCAGCGCUCUCUUCAACAGACAGCCGGAAUGGGAGGAGUGGGGGGUGGGGGGGAGUGUUGUAGCUGACUCCCUGGAGCAGUGCCCCUCCAAGUUUAAAGCUGUGAACAGAGUUGUGGGGAGCGGCUUGUUAA